AUGGCAGAACCCUGGGUUAAGGAAGACACUAUCGUGGGUGAAUUGGAAACUCGGCAAGCACAGCCACCAGGAAAGUCACAGGACAUGCUGAAGGGUGUGAGCGUACAAAACACUCUGGCUGCUGCUACAGGCUAUGCCGAUCCUAACCAGUGUAUUUCUCCACCUGUUGUGUCAUUUGUAGAGAGGCACGCAUUCAAUAAACCCCCAAGGAUGCAGAGUUUGCCCCAGAGGAGAUGUGUGGAGCGCUCUUCUGUGAUUCAGCCUUUGUCUUUCUACACAAGAGAAGGGAAUAAGCUUGCACAACAUCCUGCUAAAUCCCACUCCUCUCAUUUGGAAGUUGCCCAGAGCUCAGGGUGUAUCUCCAAGGCUGUGAGGGUCUUGCAGAGUGGACGCCUCCAGCCCCGUCUGCAUGUGUGCCUCCAGAUGGCCCCUCAGCUGCUCCAGAUAGACAACUGUCUGAAGCUUUACCCCACUGGCUGCCCCCCGGGGCGCAAAUGGAUCGUUGCUGAAAGCAGUCCCCAAACUCUUCCCAGAAGUCAUCGCACUGAAGACUCCUUGUUCUUUAAUAAAGGCCAUGGACGCAUGCAGCAAGAGACGUCCAACUCUGAAGGCCGAGCCUGGGAUUCCGAGUGUCAUGUAGCUCAUCCAGUGUCCCUUUGUGGAGCGACGGACCCAUCUGUGACGCUGUGGCAGUUUCUGCUGCAGCUGCUGAGAGAGCAAGGCCAUGGCCACAUCAUCUCCUGGACCUCACGGGAUGGUGGUGAGUUCAAGCUGGUGGAUGCAGAGGAGGUAGCCCGGCUGUGGGGGCUGCGCAAGAACAAGACCAACAUGACUUAUGAUAAGCUCAGCCGGGCCUUGCGGUACUACUAUGAGAAGAACAUCAUUGGCAAGGUGAGCGGCCAGAAGUUUGUCCACAAGUUCGUGUCCUAUCCCAAGGUCGCAGGGUGCUCCACUGAAGACGGCCCAUCCCAGCCUGAGGUGUCUGUUGCCUCUGCCGUGGCAAAGGUGGCCCCUGCUGCUGUACAUGCCACCGCUGGGGACACCGCCUUUGCAAAGCCAGGCACACAAGAAGAGCUCCAUGUGGAGCCUGCCUUGGACCGGCCACUGCCCGCAGAAGUCAAAGCGGAUGGGCCCAAGGAAGAGUUGGCAGGCGCGGGGGAGGCAGGGUUUGUGCCGGAAACCGCCAAGGCUGAGCCGGAAGUCCCUCCCACAGAAGGCGGGCCGGCGGGUGGCCUGGCGGCUUCUAGCCCUGAAAUUGCCCAGCCGCAGAAGGGCCGGAAGCCGCGGGACCUGCAGCUUCCACUCAGCCCAAGCCUGCUUGGUGGUCCGGGACCUGACCGGACCCCAGGCUCUGGAACUGGCCCUGGUCUACAGGCACCGGCGCCAGCGCUUACGCCUUCUUUGCUACCUACUCAUACGUUGACCCCGGUGCUGCUGCCUCCCAGCAUUCACUUCCGGAGCACCCUGACUCCCAUUGCACGUAGCCCAGCCAAGCUCUCCUUCCAGUUUCCUUCCAGCGGCAGCGCCCAGGUGCACAUCCCUCCCAUCAGCGUGGAUGGCCUCUCGACCCCAGUGGUGCUCUCCCCUGGAGCCUCAGAAGCCAUGACUUCCACCACCAUAGCUCAGUCAAGGACCAUUGACAGGAAAAUCGCUCCUGGAGAGGAGGCCCUAGCUGAGAUUGGAGAUUCAUGUGUCUUGCAUUUUGAUGUCCUCACAGUAUAA